AUGCCAGCAGGUCCGUCCUCGCCGUUUGAAGUCUCUCCAGCGAGCAGGGGCGAGACCAUCCCUCCGCAUAGUCUCCACCCCGCUGCCCAGCAGCUACAGCAGCCGCCACCGCCACCUCCGCCUUUUGCUACCGGUGCCGAUGCCGGUGCCGUAACCCACUUCCGCCCCGGCUCCGGCCCCCCUACUAACAACGGGUCUUCCAUCGACAUGUCUGGGAUGGAGGCCCACCAAUCGGUAUUUCAUGCCGAGCUCUCACGAGAUCAGGAUGUACAUAUAACUUCUGCCGCAGACGGGCAAACUGAGCAGCAGCAUGCUGUAGCAGUGCCUGGUGUCGGUGGCAGUGGUUUUGGACCAACGGGCCCGUCACCGUCCAAUAUUUCACACCGGUUAAUCCAUGGCCCCGUGAUGGAGCCAUCGCCAGUUCAGCAUGGCCAGUUUGGUAUUUUGGCGCCGGGCCUUGCAAUGCCAGAAGCCAUUACGAUUGAGACGGGCGAGUCUCUCGUCGGGCCCGCCGGAUUCAUCCCUAUCGACGGUACCACUACCCCCGGAUGGAGGCCACACGGCAGUCUUUUGAGCACAAAAUGGGUCCUCGACCCCCCGAACCUCGAUGAGUGGCGGCAGAAGCUGUUUGACGCAGAUGGCCUCAUCAUUCUCACUCAUGAGCAAUUCGAAACCUACUUUCCACACGUAGACAAUGUCUACUCCCACCGCUCGACCCAAAACUACAAGAAGAAGCCCUUCAUCUCGCACUACUGGGACUGCCGCCUCAAGGGCCGCCCUCCCGGCACCAAAAAGUCCGACGACCCGACCAAGAAGCGCCGCAACCGCAUCUCGCGCAAGCUCAACCUGUGCGACGUCAAGAUCAAGAUCACAGAGUAUUUCCCGGGCGCCACCCUCCACGACGUCGACGACGGCACCUACGUGCCUCUGAACGGCGGCCAGGCGCUCAACGGGGCGCACACCGUGCUCGCGCCGCCCGGGGAGAGGGAGCUGAGGGUCGCGCCCGCCACGCCGAACAACUUGCCCGCGCCCGGGCAGAAGUUUUGGACAAUUCAGCGGGUUAAUGGCCACAUCAGCGUCAGCGGCAUCUCUGGACCGCAUCAGCAUACCCUAGCCAAGAGCGACGAGGUGAAGAAGAAUAGUAUACAGCGGUAUCUUGCCAAGCAUAAGACCGAUGCAGCCAAGAAUGAUGGGCCUAGAAAGGCAACGGGCCGAGCUCACUGGACCAUCAAGAAGCAUGAGAAAGAGAGCGAUCUGAAGCUGUAUUCCGCAUGUUACUGCCCCUUUUCUCAGAGCGUCUGGAUCGCACUCGAAGCAAAGGGCCUAGCGUACCAGUACUGCGAAGAAGAUCCCUACAAGGUGGCCGCCUCGCAACCGCUGCUGGAAGCAAAUCCCAGGGGAACCGUCCCUGCGAUACGGCAGGGCGACUGGGCUUGUGCCGACAGCGGCGUGAUAUUGGAAUAUCUCGAAGACAUGGACAGUACCAUCCCACUCUUCCCAUCCGACGUAAAGCUCCGCGCAAAUUGUCGACAAUGGAUAGGUCACAUAAACACCCGUCUCGCCCCAGCAUUCUACCGCCUCCUCCGCAGCCCUGAUCCGACCCUGCGACCGCAGUACAUUGAGCGCCUCCAAAACGCGAUCAAGGACCUCGUCCUCGCCGCCGACGAGGAAGGACCGUUCUUUCUGGGCAACACAAUGUCCCUCGUUGACGUACACUUUGCGCCCUUUGCCGUCCGUCUCUCGCGCGUCCUGCAGCCGAUGUGCGGGUGGCCUGCGCCCGCGCCGGGUUUGCGCUGGGCGAAGUGGCUUGACGCGCUCGAGAGCAACGUGCACGUACAGGCUACGACGAGCGGGAAAGCUGUGUAUGCUGAGACUGUGGAGUUUUUGCAGGUGGCUCUUGAUCCGGAUGGACAGCUGAGCAUUUGA